GGGAAGGGGAGGCCGCUGAUUGGCCCGAGUGUGUCACGUGUGUGGCUGGAGGGUCUAGGGGCAGCCUAGGGAGCGGAGGGACCGGACGGAGACUGGUUGGGCCGCUCCAGAUGCCGCUGCCGGUGGCGCUCCAGUCCCGCCUGGCCAAGAGAGGCCUCCUCAAGCACGUGGAGCCCGAGCCCGAGGAGGAGGUCAUCGCGGAGGAUUACGAUGACGACCACGUGGAUUACGAAGCCACCAGAAUCGAGAACUUGCCACCCAACUGGUAUAAAGUGUUCGACCCCAUCUGCGGUCUUCCCUAUUACUGGAACAUGGAGAACGACCUGGUCUCCUGGCUCUCUCCCAACGACCCCAGCUCCAUCAUCACCAAAGCAGCUAAGAAGUUGAAAAACAGCCUAGAGGCUGACGAGAAGCCCGAGCGCCCCUACGAGAAGCCCGAGCGCCCCUACGAGAAGCCCGAGCGCGAGGAGGUGAAGGAGCGGCGUUACCAUCGCCGGGAGGAGCUGGCGCCAUAUCCCAAAACCAAGAAAAGCAGCCGCAAGGACGAGGAGCUAGACCCCAUGGACCCCAGCGCCUACUCGGACGCCCCACGGGGCACGUGGUCGACGGGGCUGCCGAAGCGCAAUGAGGCGAAGACGGGGGCCGACACGACCGCGGCCGGGCCCCUGUUCCAGCAGCGCCCGUACCCCAGCCCGGGCGCCGUGCUGCGGGCCAAUGCCGAGGCCUCCCGCGCCAAGCAACAGGACUGACCCCCCCGCCCCCUUUGUAAUAAACCUGCAGAGAUGCAGCUGGACCGAC